GUAACCAUUGUUCACCUGAGGCUUACAAACGGGGUAAAGAGGUAAAGCGGAUGUAGGUGAAAUAGGGGGAUUGUUGUAGGCCGCUCUUCGCAUUACUUCUGUGAAUCUUCGAAGAAGCAAUGUACCUUUGGGACCGCUUGAUGUACUGAGGCUUGCAAAAGGGAAGGCUUUCCUCCGGCCGAACCUUCCUUUCGUGUGCUUCAGCCGACCGCCGUCAUGUUCAAAAAACUGAAGCAGAAGAUCAGCGAGGAACAAACUUCGGGCCGCGGAAGUCCCGGCUGUGGCGCUUCAGGGUUUUCUCAGAGAUCUUCUGAAACUUCUGCACUGUCACCAUCAAUACACAGGAACAGAACAUCUCUUACAGAGCAAAAUGAUGACAAUACUUCAACUCCUAAUAGAGAGAUAAUACAUAAACAAAAUACUAGCAAUGAAAGUGAAACAUCUUCAGUGAUGAUGAUUUUUAUCAAGGCUGAUGAUGUUCAAGUUGUACUCCAAUGUUUUGGCAUUGCACUCAAGGAACUUAAGAUAGAUCAAAAAAUGAAGAGGCAUCUUCAGGAAGAAUUUGCUGCAUCCUUAGAGGAAAAGGACCAAAUUAUCAGAGUCCUGCAGACACAGGUAUCAUUACUGAAGCAACAAUUGCAUAGUAAUGAGAUAAACAUUGAACUACCGAUUCCAAAUGUCCAAACUCAGUCACAAGUUCAGAGUCCUGUAAAAAAUCAGAAUAUGGAAAAUACUUUGCAGUCAGCAGGUCCUGUUGGUAAUGAGAAUGCUGAUAAAACAAUAGAAACUCUAACUCAGCGAGUAAAACAUAAAGAAAACUUGCUUCAUCAGUGUAAAGAAAGAAUUAAAUCUCAGAAGGAGCGCUUAGCACAGCUGACCAGUGAGAAAGAAGCACUACAGGAACAACUAUAUGAGAGGCUUCAGGAGCUAGAGAAAAUAAAGGAUUGUCAUAUGGUUGAAAAGAAUAAAAUCAUUACUCAGCUACGUGAAAGCAAAAACUUGAUAGAACAGUUAGAGCAAGAUAAAGGCAUGAUUAUAGCAGAAACAAAACGGCAAAUGCAUGAAACUCUGGAAUUGAAGGAGGAAGAAAUUGCCCAGUUGUAUAUUCAUAUCAAGCAGGUGGUUUUGCAGAGUGAAGAACUAAAAAAACAGAAAGAAAAAUCUGAAAAAACUGCAUUUGAACAGCUAGAGAAGGCUUUAAGUGCAGCUCAGUUGGCUGAAGAAGCCCACAGGAAAGUGCAAGCAGAAAUGGAUGAAAAAAUGAAAGCUGUUGAAAAGGCAAAUGAAGAAGAAUGUGUGAUCCUUCAACAGGAAUUAACAAGGGUGAAGGAGGAAGUGAGAAUUCUUGAGCUGGAAAAUUCCCCUACAAAGUGUCCACAAACAGCCAAGCUGUUAAAAGAAAAAGAGGCUAUAUUUCAUGCUCAUAUAGAAGAAAUGAAUGAAAAAACUUUAGAAAAACUGGAUGUGAAACAAACAGAGCUAGAAGCACUUUCAUCUGAAUUAUCAGAUGCUCUGAAUACCUGUCAAAAUCUUGAACAAUAUAUUUCUAAGUUAAAAGAGGAUGCAGAUAAAGCAAAGGUGCAGUUUGAGACAAAACUUAAUCAGCAAAGGAAUAAUCAUAAGGAACAAGUUGAAGCUAUUUUAAAAGACCAGGAAGUAAUUGAGAAAUCAUUUAAAGAAGAAAUAAUUCAACUCAAACAACUCUUGGAAGCAAAAGAGAAAAGUGAAGAAGAAUUAGAACAGAAAAAAAUGAAAGAAACUCUAGGAAAAGCUGAGUCACAAUGUAAAAGAAUGCCUGCAGAAUUAGAUUUUUUAUGUCAGUCAAGGGAAGAUAAUGCAAGUAUUUAUGAAAACAGGUUUAAAAAUUUGCAAGAGAAAUUGGAACUUAUAAAGCAUAAAAAGUCAAAACUUGAAGAACUGGUUGUAAAACCUGAAACCCAGCUGAAUGAAAUAAAAACCGAGUUAGAUUUUCAGACAUCCCAGGUAAAUGAUCUAAAAUGUGAAUUGGAAGAAGAAAAGAGAGAAAAUAUACAGAACACCUCAUCUCUCACAGAAAAGUAUGAAUCACAGUUAAGAAACCUUGAAGAGAUCAGUCAGUUAAAAAGUCAUUGCACUGGCAAGGAAAGUAAAAUUGGACAAAUAAAGCAUUUCAUGAAGCAACAAAUUGAAAAGUAUAGGCAGCUGUUAUCAACCAAAGAAGAAGAAAUUAGUGUUUUAAGAGACAAAUAUGAACUCAAAUUAAAGCAGCAAGAGACACAAGCAGAGGAAGCUAUAGAAAAAGAAAAAAAAAUGCAGGAAGAAUUUAAGCAAAAACUUUCAGAACAAGAAGCAAAACUGAAAAAAGAGAUUGAGGGCAACCAGUUGGAAUUUUGUCAGAAAGAGAAGCAGUUCACUUCAAAAAUGCUGGCAAUGGCUCAUGCAAGUUCACUUGGAAUAAAUGAUGCUAUUUCAAAACUGGAGAUGAAUCAGAAGAAACAACUAAAAAGCAUGACUGAAGCUCACAAGCAAGAAGUGGGUGAAGUUUUACAUCUUUGGGAAAAGAAAUUAAAACAGCAGGCUAAAGAACUUUGGGAAAAGCAUGAGAUAAGAUUGCAAGAAAAAGAGCAAGAAAUAAGAGAUCUGAAAGAAAGACUGGCCAUCUUUGAUGCUGAAAGAGAAGGAAAUAAUGCAGAGAUUACAUGGUUAAAGAACAAAGAUACAAAGAAAGACAAAACUAUACAUGAACUUCAAGAACAAUUGCAACAGACAUUAGCACAAGUGAACCUUUUGAAACAAAAAGAAAUUGAUUUAAAAAAGCAACUUGUAAAAUUAGAGAAUGAUCUUAAUUUUUCUUUGAAGGAGAAAAUAACAGUACAGGAACAGCUUAAUGAGCUAAUGAUAACAGAAGAAAAAAAGAAAUAUGACCUUUUGGAGCUGGAAGAUAAACUGAAAAUGUCUGAUGUGGAACUCCAUGCCUUAAAGAUGUCUCAUCUUAAAGAACAGGAGAAUUAUGGAACGAAGUUAGAAGGGGAAAGAAAUGAGUUUCAGCAAAAACAAGCUGAAUUUGAAAAUUUCAAGAGAGAUACAAUUAGACAACUGGCUGAUUACCAGCAAAAGGCAGAAACUUUAUUGAAAAUAAAAGUUGGUGAACUGAUUGAACAAUGCAAUGAAAAUAUUUCUUCAAUAAUAGUUAAAAUUGCUCACUGUCAGCAACAGACAAUAAAAAUUAAAGAAGGCAUAUUAAUUAAAAUCAAUCAAAUUCCAGAUCUAGAAUUUCAACUUAAACAAUUAACAGAGAGUCAUGUAACUUUAAACAGUAGUUUACAGGAGUCAAAAAAGCAUUUGGAGGAAAAGGAACACUUAAUAAUGUCUAUGAAAGCAGACAUGGAAAAACUUUUAACUGAAAAGGAACUAUUACAAAAAGAAAGUUAUUUCCAGCAGCAAACAGCAACAGAGAAGGAAUCUUGUAUCACAGAGCUGAAGAAAGAAUUAUCUGUGCAUAAUAAUGUUGUUACUUCUAUGAGGGAGGAGAUAAAUGAGAAAAAAGCAGAAAUCACAGAUCUCAACAAGCUUAUUAGUGAAUUGAACCUCAGACUUGAAAACACCAUAUUAGAAAAAGAAACUGCCACAACAAUGUUAAACAAGCAACACAAAGAAAACGAACUGCAGUUACUAAAUGAGAUGGAAGUACUAUCUUCCAAAGUUGAAUCAUUGAGUGAAGAUAAAGUUAUUGCCCUGAAACAGGUAGACCACUGGAUGAACAAAAUGUCAGAAUGGAAGAAGAAAGCUCAAUUGAGAUUUACACAAAAUUAUAAUACUAUUAAGGAAUUACAAAAUAAGAUUGAACUGAUUAAUAACCAAGUCAGUGAAAAAGAAGAAGAACUGAAUAGAAGGAAGGAAGAGCAUGAUAAACAAACCAAACGGUUAGAACAUUUAAAAAGCUUAAUGGAACAAAACCAGGUCAGAAAAGAAAAACAGGAAUCUGAUUUGGUUGGUGAGAUAAAAAUCCGUUCAGCGAGAAUUGCUGAAUUAGAAGAGCAUAUUGCUCGGAAAACAAUGGAAAAUGAUUAUUUAAUGGAAGAAUGUAAAAAGUAUCAUGAACAAGACAGUGAGCAAAAAGAAAUGGCACAACAACUCCAACAGGCUCAGGGAGCAAUAGUGGACAAGGAUGACAAGCUGAAGGAGAUGGAACAAAAAGUCCUAACUUUUGAGAAGAAAAUGCAGGUUAUGGAAAUUGACCUGGAAAAAAAAUCAAAAGAAUUUGAAGGAAUAAAACUGGCUCUAUUGAAAACCAAAGAGGAAGAAUUAAAGGCUUUAGAGGAAAGGCUUAUUUCAGAAACAACUUCUAAAAUAGCAGAUCUGAAAAAAAAGGCUGAACACAAAAUUGCUUCUAUUAAAAGGCAGUUGCCAACUCAGAUGGAAGAGAAAGAACAGCAAAAUAAGCUAGAGAAAAAAUUGCAAGAAAAAGAAAAGAAAAUCAUGUCUUUAGAUUUAGAAAAAGAGUUGAUACAGAAAGUAGAAACAAUAAAAGUUUCUGCAGACCAAGAUAAAGUCCAUGCUUUAGAGAAUAUGCAAAAGAUGUAUGAUUUAAAAAUUGAUAUUUUAAGACAGGAUUUAUUAGAUAAGGAGAGAUUACUUGAGAAGUAUAAUGAGGAAACAAAAAUGUGUAAUAUUUCAAAAAUGGAGACUCGGGAUCAGCAAGAACUUCUUAAAAGAGCUCAAGAAGAUAAAAAUAAAAUUGAAAAUCUUCAACGAGAACUUGAGGAACAAAUCAAGAAACAGGCUUCAUUACUUAAACAACAUACUAAGUAUGAGAGUGAAUUAACAAAUAUCAAAGUAGAAUUGAAAAACAAAGAAGUAAAUCAACAAAAUAUGGAAAUUGCACUUAAAGACUUAGAAAAAAAGCUUCAAGAAAAGGAGCAGGAAGAACAAUCUUUGCAACAAAAGAUAUACCAUUUUGGUGAAGAUUUUAUGAAAGAGAGACAACACAAGAUUGAGGUGAAAAAUAGGAUUACAGAAUAUGACGAGAAAUUAAACAGACUGCAAGAGCAGGUAGAUGAAAGAAGUGGCCUUAUAAAAAUUCUGGAAGGAAAUAUAGAAGAAAAGACUAAAUUAGUCUUUGAACUUCAGAAAAUGGUUGAUAAGAUGCAGAUGCAACAGAAAGAUUUGCAAACUACACUGAAACAUACAGAGCAAGAGAAACAGGAACAUCACAGAAAUAUGAUUAAGCUUCAGAAGGAUUUGCGAACCUUGCGGAAAGAUCAUCAGCAAGAGCUGGAAAUUAUGAAGAAAGAAUCUAGAGAAGAAAUGGAGCAAAAAAUAAAAUAUGAACAGGAAGACAUUGAAUUGAAGCACAAUUCCACAUUAAAGCAGCUAAUGAGGGAAUUCAAUACCCAAUUGGCACAAAAGGACCAGGAAUUAGAAAUGGCUGUAAAAGAAACUAUCAGUAAAGCCCAGGAAGUGGAAUCUGAAUUGAUAGAAAGUCACCGAACAGAGACAGUUCAACUGCAUAAAAAGAUUUCAGAAAAGGAUGAUGAUCUACAAAGGACAGUGAAAAAGUAUGAAGAAAUACUUGAGGCCAGAGAAGAAGAAAUGACCAAAAAAGUAAAUAAGUUGGAGGAACAGCUGAUGCAGUUACAAGAGAAUUAUAAAAAAAGAUUGGCACAUGAAGAAAGUUGGAAUGGUGAUGAAGAAAAAAUAGCAGAACUUCAGACUCAGUUAGCCCAAAAGACAACACUGGUUAAUGAUUCAAAGUUGAAAGAACAGGAGUUCAGAGAACAGAUUCACACACUACAAGAUAAGUUGAAAAAUUAUGAGAAGGCUGUAUAUGUCACAACAGUUAAAACACCUUAUAGAGAUGGGAAUCUUUGUCAUUCAGAUGUGUCUGUUUUUGGUGAACCAACUGAGUUUGAGUACUUGAGGAAGGUGAUUUUCGAAUAUAUGAUGGGCCGUGAAACAAAGACAAUGGCAAAGGUUAUAACUUCAGUGCUGAAAUUUCCUCCUGAUCAAACUCAGAAGAUCUUAGAACGAGAAAAUGCUCAGACACUGGUGGACCCUUUUGUUUUCUAAGGAGGGUAGCAUGUCAGAUCCCUAAAAGUGAUACUGCCAUUCAAGUGAAGGAAGGGGGGACUUGGAUUCGAUUUACUAGCAUGGCCUGUGUCAUCAGAUAUUUUACAACCUAUAUCCUGGCACCAAGGAAGCCUGAGAUUCCCUUUACCUGCAGGAAUUUAUAUGAUAGCCAUGUGGGUUGUCUCACUUUAAAGGGAAGUGGUGGGAAUGCAUGUUUGUUCGGGUUCUCAAAGGAAAUAGUAAAGAAAACAUCUUCACACUUGUGUAUUGGCUGAAAUCUGCAUUCUGACCUAAAGGGAGGGGUCUCUACCACUUUAAUCCUACUGCUUUGCCUAAGGGCAUUCAGAUUGUGCUUUAGCUGGAUGGUUUUCACUUCUGCUUAAUAAAAGAAUCCUUUUGAACAACUACGUUUCAAGAGUUCGUACUUUCUUAAGUUGGAAGGAGAGGCGAUCCUUACAAUACCAGUGUGUUACACAAAACAGCAUUUAAAAUUAAGUAUCUUUGAUUACCUGGAAUUAACCUCUGCAGUAUGCUGGAUAUUCUGCGGAACAUAGACAUACUGUGCUUAAUGUUAAGAGCAGUGUUUGUUUUGACCAAUAGCCAUAACUAGAAAUAAAUAUGCUCUUCCUGUAGUCACAUCUGCUUUG